AUGAUGUUAGUCGGAACUGAUUCUGCACUUGAGCAACUAAGUUUGCUGUUAGCUCAUGACGCAAAUGAUGUUCGAUUUAUUGGGAUAACUGGGAUGGUUGGCGUAGGCAAGACUACUCUUGCUAAGCUAGCUUAUGAUAAAAUCGUCCAUCAUUUUGAAGUUCACUGCAUUCGUGAAAACGUUAGAGAGGUUUCUGUAACAGAGCGUACUCUAGUUCGUCUUCAAAAACAACUUCUUUGCGCAAUCUUGAAAGAAAAUAUUGAAAACGUUAGAGACCAACAAUGGGGAAUCAAUUACACGAAGAAAUGCUUAUGCAACAAAAAGGUUCUUCUUGUACUUGAUGAUGUGGAUCAAAUAAACCAGAUACAAGUACUAGCUGGAAAGAAAGAUUGGUUUGGCAUGGGAAGUAGAAUUAUUAUUAUAACUAGAAAUGAACGUCUGCUGGUCGAGCAUGACAUAAUAUUGUGUCAUAAUGUCGAGGUGUUGAAUGAUGCCGAAGCACUUGAGCUGUUUAGCCUGCACGCCCUUAGACAAGACCGACCUGAGGAAGAUUUUUUGGAACUGUCUAAGCAUUUCCUAGAUUAUGCUAGAGGCCUUCCAUUAGUUCUUAAAACCUUGGGGUCUUCUUUGUAUGCGAGAGGUCAAGAUGCAUGGAAUAGAGUACGAGAUAAUCUAAGGAAAAUUCCUAAAAAUAAGACAUGUAUUGGGAUAUUUCUCUUCAACUCUACAAAAAUGUAUUAUUUUUUUGACACUCAUAGUUGAAGUGAAUUUUCCGAAGAUAAAAUGGAUUAUGGGAGU